AUGAAUGCACUAGCUGCUCUAUCUACCAUCGUACUACCAAAGGGUCGAGAUCUGGUUUGGAAAUACGUAACCAAAUGUCUCCCGCUCGUCAGGGGUGACCCAGUCGCCUCCACCUGUGUGACGUGUGGCAAAGAUGAAUCCUCCAAGCAUUUGUUCUUCCAAUGCAAGGAGACCACGCUGCCAGUGAAGAUACUGAAAGAGGUUACUGCUGCCAACAACAUUCCACCACCAGUCUGGGACAUCACCCUCCUCAACCUCAAACAAACUCCAAUGACUAUAAACUUGGUCGCUGCAACACUAGAACGAAUAUGGUUCCGACGUAAUGAUCUACGUCACCAAAGAGAUGAACCAUUCACUGAACAAUACCUGCGAGCUAGAUUGAUAAGUGAUAUGCGACAUAUUAUAAAAAGAGGUACAAGACUCUGCGUACUCUUCAUCUAUAAUCGUUCACCCUCAGCUUCAUUCCUCUCAUCCUCUUCACCACCGCCAUCCUCUUCUAUUCUCUCUACAACUAUCAAUAAUAAUAUUAAUAAUAUAAUAAUUCACUAA